UUUCACACUGGUUAAACAUGCAGUGAACGGCUUACACGGGCCGUUUAGAUAAUAUACAAUCUGCAGUAGUUAGUGAAGUUUAAGAUAAGUAUUGCUUCGUGGACCAGUGAUCAACAAAUGUUGAUUUAGAAUUCAGAUGAUGAUGGUGCUAUUUCAAGUUGUCAAGGCAUGGAUCUUAGUCCUGAUCGUAAUUUUCAAAACAGUUCGUGUAAGUUCAAAAAGUGACUUGAGCAGCGACCAAUAUGCCACACACUCCAAAGCACACCUGGAAUAUUUAUCUGUUUCUUUGGAGGAAGAACGGAAGAUUUCUGAAGAUGGCCCACCAAAACUCGAGACGGUUGGAGAGACCCUCGUUGUACCCCAUUACGACAAAUUUGUUAAUCUUGAUUUAAUUUUUAAUUCUAAGGUGUCCCUUAUUUUGGAGGAUGGAGAGCCAGGAACACCUCUGUCUUUUUCAUUGGAGAGAGAGAAGAGUCCGUUUGGACUACCUACUUCUGAGUCACUGUCCCUGUACUCGACCAGUAGUUUCCAUGGCUGGGACUCUCUGAAUGUCACCGUACAUGUGACAGAUGCCUCCCCUUUUGGGUCACCACUAGGGAUAUGGUGGUUCCUCUGUGUGGUAGCUCUGACAACAAUUGCUGUCCUGUACCGUGUGGUUCCUCUGUUUCAGGCGGCAUCUCCAGGUGAGGAUGUGGACUCGGAGGCCAGUUGGACCAGAAUCUUUAAGUGUAUGUGGAGGAUAAAUAGUGAACCCUGCAGACCUCAGACCCAACAUGUAGUGGCUCAGACGGACCAUGAACUCCGGACGACUCAUCCGUAUGUUGAACAAAGUCAGACCACCAUGAGUGAAGCGCAGACAUUCAGGGAGAAGCUGCUUCGUGUUUGGUUUGGCCGCGAUUCCAGUCGAAGACUGCGAUGGCCGUCCCUGCCCGCCCCCGUGAUGGUGUGUGUGGGGGUGACAUUAAUGGCUGCCAUGGUGUGUGCUGUCUCCUCCCUCUCCCACAACUACUACCUCAGAGUACGAGUCCCCUCAGAUACCCACAUACGUAGGAUCCGAUCAUACAGCGAGAACCCGGCCAUUUCUGCUAUCUCUAUCAACAGUAACAGCAUGGCGCUCGUUACCAGAGUUCAUAUAAUGGAUGUAAAAGCCAUGUGUAAGAGCGAUCCGACGAGAUGCGAGACUUAUGCAAUCUGUGACACGCUGCAAGGAAAUCUAAACUGCCGCUGCAAACGAGGCUACUUUGUCAAACACAGGGAGUGUUCAGCUUGCUCAACGUCUUGUCCAGAUGGUUAUUAUAUGACCCACCAGUGCUCCGCUCAUCAGGAUCUCGUCUGCCGAGAGUGUACCCAGUGUCAAGGCACCACCUAUCAGGCGGCUCCCUGCUCCAGCACCCAGGACACCAUCUGUAUAGAUGUGAAUUUCCCAGUGAGUAAUGUCCGAUGGGAUGCCACCAUCAAGGAGCCAAGUAACUCAACCUCCAUCUCCAUCUCCUCCUCCAGCAACGUGUUCAUGGAGGCCCUGAACAAUGUCCGGGACGAGAUGACCAUGCUGUUUCUGAACAGCAACCAGAACCAGAUGGAGUUUCCGUUCAUCCGGAAGUCGGGCAUGGAGAUCAGCAUCAAGGUGUCCCAGACGUUCCUUAUCCCGGAGUACGUAGACCUGGAUCAUGAGGACGAUGCUCCGUUCUUCUUCCGGGAUAUCUUCCUGACUAAAAAUAUGAAGGAUCGGAUGACGUUCUUACAGCGCCGCUACUGCAGGGACAUUGUGCCUGAUCAUUACAAGAUGAUACUGGACAUCAUUCCGGACCAGUUCACCGUGGCCAGCAUGGAUACCUGCAACCCCACAGAAAAUGCCCCCUGCCCCGAGGGUUACAAGGAGGGUGACUCGUACCUUAACAGGAACCUCUACAUCAAGUGUCCCUACUCGGACGGAAAGGCAAGUAAUUUUUCUCAGUUAUUCCAAAACACCAACCUGAUGUACUGUUCUCUCCCAAACACACUUCUGACUGAGACCUUCAAUCUGGAGAAGACAGAAGCCCAACAUCUAAAUUUUCCAUCGGAAGACUGCAAGAAGAGUUUGGAAUUAUGUCAGAAAUGCUUGAACCAGUGUACUCAAACAUCAACAUCUUCAGAGGACGUAGCAUGUUGCCGAGUAGGGUGUUUCAGUAAGUUAGCAUGUAAGAGGGCGUUCAGUGAGACCUGUCCAAAGAGGCCAGUGGAGUGUGCGAGAGGAGAUGUAUACAGGUAUAGCAUCGAGCCCAAUUUCCAAAGUUUAGACAGGAAGUUCAUGUGUCACCUGCAGUACAAAAAGCCAGCCCACCUGUAUAAAGUGAGCUAUACGGUGAAGCUGCCUUCCAUACAGCACAGCUUCAAGACACGCUACUUCUCCCCGGAGGUCACCGAUAGGGGAUACCACCAGAAAGGAGAGGCCGGUCAGGACUUCAUCCGUACAGAGCACGACUCGCAGACAAAAAUCUUCGAGGAGGCGAUCCUCACUGGAACUCAUUUUAUUGAUAACACUCCCAUGAGGUUCGUAGUGCAGCCAUUGAAGACGCCCGAGCAGUUCAAUUCAAGGAAGAACUUCAAGGUCCGCCCGCAGCGGCAGCAAUCGUGGCAGAGUAGUGUGUACUCCACCACCGUGCAGUUCGAGCGGCCGUUUCUGUACAGUUCUGUCACGUGGAAUAAGGAAGGGUGCGACGCCAAGAACUUCUCGAAGAUUUAUCCCCAGCAGCCCCUUCACACCGCGGAGAAGAUAGUGAUAGAUCCGACCGUCUACAAUGUCCACGGGAAAUUUGAAUAUCAAGCCACGCCCCUAGAUAGUGCAGCCCAAAUCAAAGUGGAAAUCAAAGGAGACAAGUCCAUUCUGUCUACGUUUGAGAAGGACAUUGGGCCAACUACAGUGAAUGCCAGUAGUUUUACUGGGAGUCUGGAAUGGCUCCACACCACCAGGAGUUGGAACAUCACCGUCAAUGGUACCCUUCUGAAAUGCCCGGGUUAUUUGACAAUGGACGUCUACGACCAGUUCAUGGAGUCCUAUUUCGGUAAAUACGACAUCUUCGUGAAGUGUCCGGACCCCCAGUUCUCCUUCAGCUUCAUCCUCUCCAGAUCUCGCAGCGACACCCCCAAUGUAUUCGCUGUCUUCAUCAACGACACAACGGCUUCACACAAGAUCCUUCUGACCAUGCUGAUCAACCCGACCCAGAUUCCGGUCAACUCCGAACUCGUCGUCAAGGAACAUGUCAUCAGUCAGUUUCCCUGGAUACCGAUCAUAGUCAUUCUGAUCUUUUCCGGAAUUUUGGUCACGAUUUUUGUGAUCGCUGCAUUCUGCAUUUCCAAAAUUAGAAAAGUGACAACCAAUGAUGUUUUCAAGUACCCAGGUGUGACUUUUCUUAAGGAUGAGGACAGAUCAAAGCAAGAGGAUGGGGCGAGGAUGAUUAAAACUCCAAUUUCCAGGAGUGUUACCUGCUGUCUCGUUACACUGUACGUUGUCUAUGCCUUAAUGUUCACAUUUUCGGUUUUGUUAGGAGUAUUCUAUAUUGUGCAGGGACCCCUAAUAGGGAAUUUAACAAUAGUGUCCAACACAAGUGCUAAGAUACACCAGGCUGUGGAGCUACGAUUUCAUCAGAUGCAGGAGUCCGAGACUUCUGAGAUAUCUCACUUGUACAACCAGACUCGAGAUCGUCUCAGAGCAUGCUCUUUCCACAACUUACAGGAAAUUCAAAGAAUUUCAAAGCAGAUGCAGAAGCAAUUGGAUUUAUAUGUGAAACAUUUUUACCUUCAAAAUAAAACCAUUGAGACCAUUCUUACAAAUACGCUAGAGGAAAAAUCCAAGACUCUUCAAGAAGAGCUGUCAGUUUUCCUCGAGGAAUAUAACAGUACUUUACAGAGUCAGUUCAAGGACGUGCUGUCAAAAUACCAUCAGUUUCUGAGAAGUCUGAUGAGAAACGAUUGGUUGAAAUUCCCGGAGCAGCUUUUCAUUGGUCAGAAGGAUGUGGUGGACAGUGAUCGGGACAGGGACCACCUCCUGGGAUUCAUGGAUUGGCUGGAGAUUAACCAAGUAGAGGAGACACUCCACGUCACUGAGGAAAUCAUGAAAACAUUAUCCUCAUCGCUUCCAAAACUGAAUUCCAACGUCAAAUUAUCUCUGUCAGACGACGAUUUGUUGAUAAACUCGCUCGAGGAUAUGACCAAUCAGCAGACGUCUUACAACUUCCACAUCUUGGAGAACGAGUUGAACUUCCAGCCGUCUGCUCAGCACCAGAACUCCUCCCCCAGUCAGGAGAAGACAAAGUCGCACACGUCCACGGCGUCACUGAUUGAGAAGAUGAGGACCAUCCUGUUUCCAGUGUUCAUCUGUGUAUUCUUGUUCAUGGACUUCCUCCUGUUGUUGUAUCGCUUCACCUGGUUGAAGCAGAUGUUCAGGAAAGCUAAGCGGGGCGUCGAGGAGAAAGUAGCCAUGGACUCCGUGGCUGGCAAGAUCUACUUUAUUCUGACUGGAGUGAGUGCGGAGAAGUGCGAGGGUCCCAGAGAAAGACAUUUUAGCUAUAGCGAUAGUAAAGAUCCCAAUGAAAGAAAGAACGAUCUUCUGCACUAUUUUCAGGGGUCUUCCAAAGGAAAGGAACAGGUCCUGCAGCAGAUAUAUUCUCAAAAGCGUCGUGAUAAACCCAGACCUACUAGUAUUCAUAUUGUGCAGGGAAAAGCUGAGUCCUACGUUCUGCUAAAGGCUAUCGCAGACUUUGUGUAUAAACACCUUAUAUCUCCUUUGUUAUGGAGAAUCGUGCUUGUAGGUGCUUUUAUUUUAAUUAUUUCUCUUGUGACCAUGACAACUAAUGACCUUGUUACCAUAGAGACAGCUACUUUUCUGAUGGAUACCAAGUCCAUUUUACCUCAGCUCCACAGGCAAAUAGAGAUCUCCAAUACUUUGCUGAGUGACUUUGCUGUGUUGAGUAAUGAAAUGCUGGCAGAAUUUCAAAGCAAAACAGUCAUGGAAGUGAAUGAAAUUAACUCCUUAUUAGGGCAUACUGUGCAGAGACAUACCUCUAUUGUUGAGAGCCUUGUGCAGGAAUUGUGUUCUAUAGAAAAUGCAUCACCAUGUCAACACACACAACCAAUGUUGUCACUCCUAGACACCUUACAGGGAUGUAACUUUAUGCCAAUUCAUCCACAAUAUCUCCAAGAGUUUAGAGACGUGACGUUCAUGGAGUACCUCCACACAGAGUUGCUGCCCUUGGUGGUAACUCUUCGGCAGAUCCUGUUCAACACUUGUUACAUCCUGUUCGGGUUCGCCUGCCUCAUGCUCAUCAGUCAGAUCUUCAUGCGACUGAUCAUUUUCUAUCUUCUGAAAACCAAUCGUCUGCCAAAAGUCACCAGGUACCUGGUGUCUAAUGCCAAUGAGUGCUGGAAGGCUAGUCCAAUUGGUCCCCAUUCUAAUUCUAGUUUCUACCGGAGUUACUCGCUGAUCGAGAGCUGUGAGAGUGGAGUUGUGGGGGACAUUGACGACCACUACAGAGAUCCCACUACCCUUCACCCCACCACACAACCUCACAACUAGAUAGGACAUAAAGACUGCCGAAGUCUGCUGAACCAAAAGAAAGGAGGAGGGGGGGGGGGGGGGUGAUCAGCCAUUUUUAAACUUUCACUGCCAUGUGACAUACCUCUAAAAAGACAAGGAUUAGAGACUUGAUUGAUAUCAUGAAUUUUCAAGAAAUUUUGAUGAAUUGUUUUUUUUUUUAUUUAAAGAUUCCAAGACUUUUCUUGGUCUUAAUUCCUGUGCUGCUUUUUGAAAUCAUGAUUAAAUUUGAGCAAAAUAGCUUUGAAUUGCCCAGUAAAAUUAUGCUUCAGCUUGUAUUAUGAAUAACAAAUGGUCUCAGAAGUGUACAAGAAUUUUUAAAAAAAAAAAACCCAGCAUCAAUACAUGAACAUGUUUUUUGGAAUUCUUACAUUUUUUAGGAUGUAUAUUUGAAUAUAUUACAUUCCAUAUGCUCUGCUUACAUCUUGCAUACAUUUGAUACUCAUACUGGAUGGAGAGAGAGAGAGAGAGAGAGAGAGAGAGAGCUAUACAAUCUUGUACAACAUUCAUUGAUGCUUUUAUUGCAUUUAUUCAUUCUUUAAGAAGUCUUUUCAUGAUGUACAUAAAGUUGAUACCUAUGUGAUAAGUAUUUGGUUGUUGUUUUGUAUUUUGUUGCAGAAUGUUGUUAAUAAUACUUUAUGAAUUCGUUUAAAAAAAUAAACGUGUCGUGUUAUAUUGUC